AUGUACUCGACCACCAACACGCACGCGAGCACCUCCCGCUCCAGCCGGCGGGCGCACUUCGCACCCAACCCGGUCUCUGGCACGCAGACGUACUCGCACUCACCCGAGAGCGAGCCAGACUCGCCGCCGCUCCGGACACCGCCGGUCGUGACCGUCAACCCGGCUUCAUCUCGGUCGUCCUCCACGUCGUCUGUCUGCUCCGACGACUACACCUUCCCCACCAACCACGGGACGCCAUUUGUGGCAAACGCACAACUAUUCCCGUCACCCACCAGCCCCAACGCCAGCUUGCGCACUUCGCCUCGGGCAUCGCCGAUGCAGAACGCCUACCCGCCAGCCAUGUCGCCCAGCACAGUGAUGUCGCCCCUACCACUCACGCCCGGAACCCAACUACCAGCGAUGAUCCCCACUCCGCGCGCAGGGCCCCUGUCCAUCCACCCAAUCCUUACUGGCAACCUCGAAGCCGCCCUCGUCGACUGGCGUCGCGUCGACAAGGCAACGCUCGCAGCAGACGCGACCCGCCCCGGUUGCGUCAAACUGCGCAUCCGCGGGCCUGGCUUGCUAUGGGAGUGCCGUGCCCUUGCCGACUCCAACGGGCGUACCGUCACCGUGCAGGACGUGCUCGUGUCCCUGCAAACCUUCUUCGAGAAGGGCGUCGCUCGGGACGACUACCAGAGCCUACGGACCGAAACCCGCGAGGCCGUCAAGCGCGCGUUCGGCCAGCGCGUUGGCCACGACGAGGUCCUUCGCUCUCGCGGCAUCAUUCGCCGCGACUUCCUCCAGGGGCGUCGCAUCAUGGCGCUCGCACCCAGCGACCGCGAGGAGACGCUCAUGCUAGUUCUCGCAUGA